CGGGAGAAGCGCGCUGCUGCUGCUGCUGCUGCUGCUGCUGCUGCUGCUGCUAUCGCUGUCGCCUUCCCUCCCUCGUCGCAAUGGGCCUCCGGGAGCUGGUGCUGUGGCUGCUGGCGGCGGCGGGGCUGGUGCGCGAGUCCCUACAAGGAGAGUUCCAAAGGAAGCUUUAUAAGGAGCUGCUGAAAAAUUACAACCCUCUAGAACGACCGGUUGCGAAUGAUUCCCAGCCUCUCACUGUCUAUUUCACUCUCAGCCUCAUGCAGAUCAUGGAUGUGGAUGAAAAGAAUCAGGUAUUAACAACAAAUAUCUGGCUACAAAUGUACUGGACAGAUCAUUACUUACAGUGGAAUGUGUCUGAAUACCCUGGAGUGAAGAACGUCCGUUUUCCUGAUGGACUGAUUUGGAAGCCAGAUAUUCUUCUCUAUAACAGUGCUGAUGAAAGAUUUGAUGCUACAUUUCACACUAAUGUUUUAGUCAAUUCUUCAGGACAUUGCCAGUAUCUGCCACCAGGCAUAUUUAAGAGCUCAUGCUACAUAGAUGUGCGCUGGUUUCCAUUUGAUGUUCAGAAGUGUAACCUGAAGUUUGGAUCCUGGACAUAUGGAGGCUGGUCCUUAGACUUACAAAUGCAAGAAGCAGAUAUAUCUGGCUAUAUUUCAAAUGGAGAGUGGGAUCUAGUAGGAGUUCCUGGGAAGAGAACUGAGAGUUUUUAUGGAUGUUGUAAGGAACCUUACCCAGAUGUGACAUUCACAGUAACUAUGAGACGCAGGACUCUCUAUUAUGGACUCAAUCUUCUUAUUCCCUGUGUACUGAUAUCGGCACUUGCCUUAUUAGUUUUUCUGCUUCCAGCAGACUCAGGAGAAAAGAUCUCGCUAGGUAUAACAGUUUUAUUGUCUCUCACUGUCUUCAUGUUACUUGUGGCUGAAAUUAUGCCAGCAACAUCUGAUUCUGUGCCCUUAAUCGCUCAGUAUUUUGCCAGCACUAUGAUUAUUGUUGGCCUCUCUGUUGUUGUCACUGUUAUUGUUCUACAAUACCAUCAUCAUGAUCCAGAUGGGGGAAAAAUGCCUAAAUGGACAAGAAUCAUCCUUCUGAACUGGUGUGCUUGGUUUCUGAGGAUGAAGAGACCAGGGGAAGAUAAAGUGCGUCCUGCCUGUCAACACAAACAGCGCCGAUGUAGCCUAUCGAGUGUGGAGAUGAACACUGUGAGUGGACAACAGUCCAGUAAUGGGAAUAUGCUGUACAUUGGGUUUAAGGGGCUGGAUGCUGUGCACUGCACACCUACCACUGAUUCAGGAGUGAUCUGCGGGAGGAUGACCUGUUCACCAACAGAAGAAGAAAACCUUCUGCACAGCGGCCACCCCUCUGAAGGCGACCCAGAUUUGGCUAAGAUCUUGGAAGAGGUCAGGUACAUUGCCAACAGAUUCAGAGACCAGGAUGAAGAGGAAGCCGUUUGCAAUGAAUGGAAGUUUGCAGCCUCUGUAGUGGAUCGGCUCUGCUUGAUGGCUUUUUCAGUCUUCACAAUCAUUUGUACAAUUGGUAUUUUGAUGUCAGCACCAAACUUCGUAGAGGCUGUCUCUAAAGAUUUUGCUUAACUAUUAACUAUGAUUUGAUUCUCUGAAGUAUAAUAUGUAGCAAAUAAGAGUGUAUUUUUUGUUUGAUUGCUUGUUUUUAACAAGUAUGCUGCUUCUCAUUGUCCUUUUUCUUUUGCCCCCUCUGGCAUCCUUCUCUGGUCCAGAGUUCCUGUCUGAAGAGUGGCACCAUUUCAGAAGGGCUCUGUGCCAGCUCCCCUGAGCACACUUGAGCACUCUCAAGUGGGUGCAAGUCCCUUCAGAAUGACAGAAUUGCACCAGCAUCUUUUAGGCAUUUUGAAUCAGCUAUUAGAGUUAUGGGUAGGCAAUGCCAGAAAUGUAAUUUCUUCCAGACUUUUUUUUUUUUUUUUUAAGAUAGAAGUUAGCCCAUCUUAGCUACUUGAAUAAGUGAUGGGAAGCACUUAAGUUUAGGAAGGGAUCAAAUCCAGAUGAAUGGAAGCUCAAACAGCAGAGAAAAAAGGGAAAAAAAUACCUUGCUUUUCAAUUACUGGUUCUUACUGAGUUGAGGUAUGGAGCUCUUUUGCUCACAACCAGUCAGACCCACAAUUCCCUCAAAGCAUUUUACAUAGAGCACAAGUGAGGAUUCUGAAUUUGCCUGGGACACCGGAAACUUGAAAGUUAAGAUGAAACAGCACAUAUCUUGUCCUUCUAUAUAUUUCUGGACUUGACAUAGAAGUUUGGCCAGAAUUCUUAAAACAGGCUUCACAGUAAUUGUUGUGGUGUUUACUACAACUUCCUUCUCCUAAGAAAGACAUUCUUUCAACUGAUAACUUCUGUCAGUCUUUAGCCUUAAUGAUGAUAUAAAGAAAAUGAAGGAGUAUGGUGACUUCACUUUCAGCUGUUCAUCAAAGAAAAAUCCACGCACUUGUCUCUUUACUGUUAACUGGAUUCCAACAUGGAAAAAGUAACCGUCUUGUACAGGCUCCAGUAUAAAUGACAAGUCUAAAGCAAAAAAAGCUAUUAAAUCCUGAGAUCAAGGUUUUAAUUUCAAAAUUAAAUGUUUGAUCUGUUGUUUGCUUAGCCUUUUAUAGACCUCUUUCUGUUGAGUCACCAUAACAUGUCCUAACAAGGAAACUGCAUCCUUUCUGCUCAGUUUAUUAUCCAAGGAGCACUAAUG